AUGAGCUCAAAUGAUCAGUUAUCCGAAUUGAAGGAAGUAGUGAAGAAGUAUAGAGGACCUAUACUCAUUGAACGGCUUUACCAUUUCAAAAGUUCAGAUCCUCAAAUAGUGGGGCAAGCUGCUUUCGAGGCUUUAGGGUACUUGGAAUCAGUAGAUCAGUGCAGUCCUUACAUUGAUCAAUUUAUAGAGAGAUUGAAAGUAUUACCAAGUAAUGAAGCUAUAUCCAGGUUUCAAGACCCUCAAUGGAAUUACCAAGUUCAAAAUAACAAAUCAAAGAGUGCAAAAGCGGUGGGGGAACAAGAUUUAUACCACGAAACAAAUGUGAAGAAAACAAUUGAUAUAGCAGAAUUUCACACGUUCAACAAACAAUACUUUGAAGCAACAAACGCUCUGUCAACUUCAGCUAUAGGUUCACCAACGUGUCAGUUAGCAGAGUACUCUGCACAGGUCGCACUUAUACAAGGUAAUUAUUCAGCUGUUUUGAAUCAAGAUAAAAGAGUUGAAGCAUUUUUGACUACAUCUCUAUCAAAUGAACUCUAUCUGAAAAGGUUGACAGAUCAAGAAGUCACAUCAUAUUGGAGGGUCAAGUACUUGAUUCUCAUGGCACAUUUUUUGAAACAAGAAUAUGAAGAGGCUGCAAAUCUAAUCUAUGAUUUAGUUGAUGCACCUGCUAUUCAGUCAGCUUCAGGAAAGCAAAUUUCAGCAUUACAACUUUUGAAAGAUUCGGAUUUUGGGCAAUAUAUCUAUGAAGAUGAGAUUGUGUUAGCAUCCUUUAUAUCAAUAUUACUUUACAAAGAUCCAAGUGAAUUAAACAACACUUUGAAUGACACGGAAUUCACAACAUUGACUGGCUCAAAAAUUACUGAUAUCCGCCCCUUCUUUAUUAGUUUGAAUGCUGCAAAGUUUAAAGAAUUGAAUAUUCUUCUUGAUAAAUUGAACUAUGUUGGAGAAACAAAUGUUUUUUUCAAUAGAGUUUGGUCACAAAUAAGGUUAAAAUUUAGACAAAAAAGUUAUUCUCUGUAUUUGAGACUUGCUGUUAGAGUCUCUGCAGACCAUUUAUCAAAUAGGUUAAACAUUGAAAAGGGGAAAUUAGUUAAAGAAAUCAAUGACUAUAUAAAAGAGAAAAGACUAGAGUUUAGUUAUGAUGCUGAAAAUGAAAUAUUUGAGACUAAUAAAAAGGAUAAAAGAAUCGAUUUUGCUGAAUCAUUACAAAAACUUUGUGAAGCUUCUGAUACAGUUGAGAAUCUACUGAGAGAAAAACUUGAAAACGCACAAAAGAAUGCAUUGAAGGCUAAAAAUGCUUUGAAUAAAAGACAAGAUGAAAUAAAUUAA